AUGCUCUCAGUCGCAGUAGCUCGUUCCUCUCGACUAACCAUGAGAGCUGCGCGUGCCUCCAGCUCCUUCCGCAUCGAAACGGACUCAAUCGGAGAGGUUAAAGUAGAAAACACAAGGUACUGGGGCGCCCAGACCCAACGUAGUCUCGAGAAUUUUCCAAUUGGUGGAGCUCGCGAACGGAUGCCAAUGCCAGUAAUCAAAGCAUUUGGCGUCGUGAAGAAAUGUGCCGCCAAGUACAAUCUCAAACAAGGAAAAUUAGAUCGCGCUGUAGCUGAUAAAAUCAUCGCCGCGGCUGACGACGUAAUCGCCGGAAAAUUGGACGACCAUUUCCCACUCGUUGUCUUUCAAACAGGUUCGGGCACGCAAUCGAACAUGAACACCAACGAAGUAAUCAGCAAUCGCGCCAUUGAAUUGGCGGGUGGUGAACUCGGCACCAAGACGCCUGUUCACCCAAAUGAUCAUGUAAACAUGGGUCAAUCAUCUAAUGAUUCGUUUCCUACAGCCAUGCAUAUUGCAGCAGUACAAGAAAUCCACCGCGUCUUGCUUCCAGGCCUUCACAAGCUGCACGAUGCGUUAGAUGUCAAAGUAAAGGAAUUCCACGACAUAAUUAAGAUCGGACGUACACACACACAGGAUGCUACACCUCUGACGCUUGGUCAAGAGUUUUCCGGUUAUCGUGAGCAAAUUGCGCUCUCGAUUGAGCGUGUAGAGCAUAUCCUUCCAAACUUGUACAAACUUGCACUUGGUGGUACCGCCGUGGGUACAGGACUUAAUACGUCGAAAGGUUACGACGCGGAGAUUGCUCGAAUCAUUGCAGAAGAAACAAAGCUUCCAUUUGUUACAGCACCUAACAAGUUUGAGGCACUGGCUGCUCAUGAUGCAGUGGUGGAAGCUAGUGGCGCUAUGAACACAAUUGCUUGCUCAUUGAUGAAGAUUGCUAAUGACAUUCGUUUUCUCGGCUCAGGCCCGCGCAGUGGCUUGGGUGAGCUAACUCUGCCAGCGAAUGAGCCGGGUUCGUCAAUUAUGCCAGGUAAAGUGAAUCCGACGCAGUGUGAAGCCAUUACAAUGGUGUGUGCUCAGGUUAUGGGGAACCACGUAGCUGUGACAGUUGGCGGCUCAAACGGCCACUUUGAGCUCAACGUAUUCAAACCUGUGAUGAUCAGUAAUCUGUUAUCAUCCAUCCGCCUUAUUGGAGAUAGUUGCUGCGCCUUUACGGACAACUGCAUUGUUGGAAUUGAAGCAAAUCGUGAAAAGAUUGAUCAACUCAUGAAGAACUCGCUUAUGCUCGUGACGGCCUUAAAUCCGCACAUUGGGUACGACAAGGCCUCAAAGGUAGCUAAGACGGCGCAUGAGGAAGGUGCCACUUUACGUGAGACGGUCAUCAAACUCGGCUACUUGACUGGCGAAGAGUUCGACCGUUUUGUUUGUCCCGAAGAAAUGGUUGGUCCACAAUAG